GAAAUAUAUGUGAUAGAUGCACAUCGUACUAGUUGGACGAGAAAAGCUUCUCGAGGUAACAAGUGAUGAAAAGGGAAACAACCUUUAGAUACUUUUAAAUUAAAUCUAGUAUAGGUGUCAAAAUAAAAUAAAAAUUAUCAUACUGUUUAUUUGAUUUUAGGUUAAGGAAAGGAAAUUUUAAGAAAGAAGACCUUGAACAGGUGUCAGUUACCACAAAUUCUCUUUCGUUUUCUUGCAAAUAAUUACCCAAUUUUAUUUUUCUUCGAUCAUCAGAAACUGAAUUCUCAACGAAUAAAAACCCAAUCAUCAUCAGAAAGUAAAAUCUCUAAAAUUCUAACGGAAUUAGAUCUACCUAAAUUUCUCCAAUUCCCAAAUCUUCUCCCCUUUCUCUGUAAUGGGUCAUAGUCCUUCAGAGAAUGGAGUUGAAGGAGAUGAUGAAAGAGAAGAAGAAGAAGAAGAUGAUGAUGAAGAAGAAGAGGAUGAAGAAGUUGAGGAAGAGGAGGAAGAAGAUGAACCUAGAUUGAAGUAUCAAAGAAUGGGAGGAAGUAUUCCUACGCUUUUAUCUAAUGAUGCUGCUUCUUGUAUUGCUGUUGCUGAACGUAUGAUCGCUCUUGGAACUCAUGAUGGAACUAUUCAUAUCCUUGAUUUUCUCGGAAAUCAGGUGAAGGAGUUUCGUUCUCACACAGCUACUGUAAACGAUCUCAGCUUUGACAUAGAUGGUGAAUACGUUGGGAGUUGCUCAGAUGAUGGAUUUGUAGUAAUAAAUAGUCUGUUUACUGAUGAGAAAAUGAACUUUGACUAUCGCCGCCCCAUGAAAGCGAUCUCUCUUGACCCAGAAUACUCAAGAAGUUCAUCUCGGAGGUUUGUUGCUGGUGGUUUAGCUGGUCAGUUAUUUAUGAAUGCAAAGAAAUGGCUAGGAUCCCGUGACCAGGUUCUACACUCGGGCGAGGGUCCAAUACAUGCGGUGAAGUGGAGAACUAGCCUUAUUGCAUGGGCUAAUAAUGCUGGGGUCAAAGUAUAUGACACAGCAAAUGAUCAGCGCAUCACAUUUAUUGAGAGGCCAACAGGAACCCCACGCCCUGAGCUCUUACUACCUCAUCUAGUUUGGCAGGACGAUACUCUCUUGGUUAUUGGUUGGGGAACUUCAGUAAAAAUUGCUGCAAUAAUAGGGAACGCUUACACAGGAGCCAAUGGGACACAAAGGCAUGUGGCCUUUUCCAGUAUGAAACAGGUUGAUAUUGUGGCGUCUUUCCAAACCAGCUAUUCCAUUUCAGGAAUUGCACCCUACGGUGAUGCUUUGGUUGUCCUUGCUUAUAUUCCUGAAAAAGAGGAUGGAGAAAAAGAAUUCAGUAGCACUGCUCCAUCACGUCAGGGGAAUGCACAGAGACCAGAAGUACGUAUAGUCACGUGGAAAAAUGAUGAGCUUACAACUGAUGCUCUUCCAGUACAUGGUUUUGAGCAUUACAAGGCAAAGGAUUAUGCUCUCGCUCAUGCUCCUUUCUCAGGUAGCAGCUAUGCAGGUGGUCAAUGGGCUGCUGGGGAUGAACCGAUGUAUUACGUAGUCUCUCCUAAGGAUGUUGUCAUUGCGAAGCCUAGGGAUGCUGAAGACCAUAUAGCUUGGCUUCUUCAACACGGGAAUCAUGAGAAAGCAUUGGCUGCGGUUGAGGCAGGACAGGGACCAACAGAACUUCUCGAUGAGGUUGGAACAAGAUACCUUGAUCAUCUGAUUUUGGAAAGGAGAUACGCUGACGCUGCUUCUUUGUGCCCCAAGUUGUUGCGUGGAUCUUCUUCAGCAUGGGAGAGAUGGGUUUUCCACUUUGCUCAUCUUCGCCAGCUUCCUGUCUUGGUUCCAUUCAUACCAACUGAAAAUCCAAGGUUGCGCGAUACUGCUUAUGAGGUUGCUUUAGUGGCUCUGGCAACAAAUCCUUCUUAUCACAAGGACCUCCUAUCAACUAUUAAAUCUUGGCCAUCAGUGAUAUAUUCUGCAUUGCCUAUUAUUUCAGCAAUAGAACCCCAGCUUAAUACGUCAUCCAUGACUGAUGCACUUAAAGAGACUUUGGCUGAGUUGUAUAGAAUCGAUGGACAGUAUGAGAAAGCCCUUGGAUUAUACGCUGAUCUCUUGAAGCCUGAAUUGUUUGACUUCAUCGAAAAGUACAACUUACAUGAUGCCAUUCGUGAAAAGGUUGUUGAGCUGAUGAUAUUGGAUGCUAAACGAGCAGUCUCUGUACUGAUCCACCACAAGGAUUUAAUUCCUCCAGUGGAAGUUGUUCCAAAACUAUUGGCUGCUCGUAAAAAGUGUGAUUCAAGAUUUUUUUUGCACUUAUAUCUGCAUUCAGUAUUUGUGACUAGUACAGAUGCUGCGAAAGAUUUCCAUGAUAUGCAGGUGGAGCUCUACGCUGACUACGAUCAAAAGAUGUUGCUUCCUUUUCUUCGAAGCAGUCAGCAUUAUCAUCUUGAGAAGGCAUAUGAAAUUUGCGUCAAAAGGAAUCUUUUGAGAGAACAAGUCUAUAUCCUUGGACGGAUGGGCAACUCAAAAAAAGCUCUGGCUGUCAUCGUGAAUAAGCUAGAGGACAUAGAAGAGGCUGUAGAAUUUGUGACUAUGCAACAUGACGAUGAACUCUGGGAAGAACUAAUUAAACAAUGUCUACACAGACCUGAAAUGGUGGGAAUGCUGUUGGAGCACACUGUUGGUAACCUUGAUCCGUUAUACAUUGUAAAUAUGGUCCCCAAUGGUUUACAGAUACCUCGUCUUAGGGAUCGUCUAGUCAAAAUCAUUACAGAUUACAGGACGGAGACGUCUCUUAGACAUGGAUGCAAUGAUAUUCUAAAGGCAGAUUGUGUUAACCUGUUGGUGAAAUACUAUAAGGAAGCACGGCAUGCAGUUUGCUUGGGUGGUGGAGAAGAUGAAGUGCGACCUAAAAGAGAUGACAACGGCAGGUCUACAGGUAAUGAUAGAAGAGGAGGAUCAGCUGCCGGAAGUAUUAAAAGGCUAGAGGUUAAGUACAAAACAAGAGGCGGUGGAAGGUGUUGUAUGUGCUUUGAUCCGUUCUCAAUUCAGGAUGUAUCUGUCACCGUGUUCUUUUGUUGUCAUGCCUAUCAUACUAGCUGCCUUAUGGAUUCAAUGCAUUCUUUAAGCAGUACAAGUGAAAAGGAUGACAGUGACGACGACGAUAAAGAUGAUGAAAACAAGUCUAGUUUACCCCGAAUUCGUUGUAUCCUAUGUACUACAGCUGCUCAAUGAGGAAAAUGAGUUAGUGUGUGUGUGUUAUUGUGUAUUCCUUAGUUAUGAGUUCUUUUUGUGCUUGUAUAUUUCGAUGCAAUUUUGUGCUGCAAUCGGCCAUGUUUAUUUGUAUUUUAGAAUGUAAUCUUCUAUUUAUUGAAAUCAAAAGUCUUCUUUGUUGCGUUCGUAUUA